AUGGCUUUCUCAGUGCAAGGCAAAACAGCAAUCGUGAGUGGAGCAGGAUCAGGAAUCAACCUGAGCUUCGCAAAGCAGCUUCUCGAGAGCGGAUGCAAUGUCCUCAUUGCAGACUUGGGUCUCCGCCCCGAGGCCCAGGAGCUUGUCGACAAGUUUUCCAGCGGCAACCCGCGAGCUGUGUUCCUACGCACAGACGUCACCGUGUGGAAGCAGCUCGAACAGAUGUUCGUUGUUGCAGAAAAAGAGUUUGGCGAGGUCGAUAUCGUCUGUCCUGGAGCUGGUGUCUACGAGCCUCACUGGAGCAACUUCUGGCGUCCUCCCGGAUCUUCCGCAAGCCGCGACGCCCCGGACAGCGACCGCUAUGCCUUGAUAGACAUCAACCUUACGCACCCAAUCCGCACGACGCAGCUCGCAAUCUCCCACUUCCUCCGCACAGGCGACAACGCUACCCGUCGUAAAGCGAUCGUCCACAUAUCCAGUAUCGCCGGACAGAAUCCCGCACUGGCAGCACCAAUCUACGUCGCUACAAAACACGCAAUCAACGGACUAGUGCGCUCGCUCGCGCAGCUCGAUACCAAGUGCGGGAUCCGGGUCACAGCCGUAGCACCCGGUGUUAUCAAGACGCCGCUCUGGACGGAUCAUCCGGAGAAGUUGAAGAUGGUGGAUGAUAGUAAAGAUGUGUGGGUGACGCCGGAUGAGGUUGCGACAGUCAUGUUGGCGCUCGUGCAGCAGGAGCGGGUUAGUCGGAUCAUUGGAGAUGUGGAGGGAAAGGAGGGCGAGACGGUUUAUCCGGUUAGUGGUGGGACUGUGUUGGAGGUUUCUAAAACAGUGAGGUCUGUGAGCCCGUAUAACGAUCCGGGCCCAGGCUUUGUAGCCGGCAAUACAGUUUCGACGGCGCAGUCUGUCGAAGACGAGGUUUGGGAACUGCUGGGAGAGAAAGGAUGGGGAGCGAAGCUAUGA